UAAAAAGGAGGCAACAAUGUCCAUUUCAGCAUUCAGAAAAAAGAAGCUCCUAUACGUCUUUAACGUAUUCUUCGACAUAAAUAAUAGUGGCGAAAUCGACAAAAAGGAUUUCGAGAUAGCAAUUCAGAAAAUCUGUGACCUUCGAGGAUGGCCAGCUGGAAGUCCAAAAAAUACUGAAACCCAUGAAGUUAUGUUUAAAAUCUGGGAGGGUUUGCGGUCAAAGGCUGAUAAGGAUAAUGAUGGACAGGUUUCAGUCGAGGAAUGGUGCAACAUGUGGGACUCUUAUGCCAAGGAUCCAAGUAAUGCAUUGGAAUGGCAACAAAGAUACAUGAACUUUAUGUUCGACUUAGAAGAUGCUUCAAACGAUGGUGCUAUUGAUGCGUCUGAGUUUGCAAUUGUAUGCUCAAGCUAUGGUCUAGACAAAGCAGAAUGUGAAGAUGCAUUUGGAAAAAUGUCUCAGGGAGCAACUGAAGUUACUCGAGAACAAUUUGCCGUCUUGUGGCAAGAAUUCUGGCAAUCCGACGACCCAGCAGCACCAGGCAACUUCAUUUUCGGUAAAACGAACUUUUAACCAAGCUGAUUAGAGUGUCUCACUGAAUUUUUCAACUCAAAAAUCUU